GUUUUAUUUACUCAUCUUUUACUGAUUCAACUACCAAUGGCAAAAUAUCUCCAACAACGCUUAACAACAUUUUAAUAAGAGACCAAAACAAACCCUAGAUUCUUCGGUUAUAUAAACUAUCAUCUCUGUCUGUAUCUCCGGGCUCAUUAUCCUCUCCCCUGUUUCACAAUUCAAGCCCUCGGGUUCCCUUUUGCGGAAGCGAUGGAUCUUGAAUUGGUGAAAAGUGGUGUCCACUUUUCUAGGAGGAAAAAGAAAUUGUUAAUUCUACUUGCUGUUUUUGGUGUAUCUGGCUAUGGAUUUUACAGGUUGUAUAAUUUGCCUGCUGUGGCAAGGAAAAGGAGGGGAUUUAUGAAACUAAUGGGGGCUUUGAUUUCUAUUGCCGAAAUGGUUUCUGAUUCCACGGAGACCAUUAGUAUUGUCUCCAAGGAUUUGAAGGAGUUUUUGCAAUCUGAUUCGGAUAAGAUUCCUAAUAGUUUAAAGCAAAUUUCCAAGAUUGCGAAAUCGGAUGAGUUUUCUGAGUCUUUGAUGAGGGUUACUCAGGCUUUGACCGUUGGAGUUUUGCGAGGGUAUAAUUUGGAGUCUGGAAAUGGUAACACGGUAGGGUUAGGUUCUGGGAAUUUGAAUUUUUCUGAUAAGGUGAUGGAGAGGUUGUUUUCCAAUGAAGGAGCUGGGUUUGUUUCUGUUGUGGUUGGUAGUUUUGCGAGGAAUUUGGUUUUGGGGUUUUAUUCGAGUGGUGGAGGUCAAAUGGGGUCGAGUUUGUCAGAUGUGCCUGGAUGGGUUGGUGUGGUUUGUGAUGAUCGGUGUAGGGAGCUCAUUGCUGAUUGCAUACAGAAGUUUGUGAGCUCGGCGGUUUCUGUUUAUCUGGAUAAGACGUUGAAGAUCAAUUCUUAUGAUGAACUUUUCACUGGCUUGACAAAUCCAAAGCAUCAAAACAAUGUGAAGGACGUUUUGAUUUCUCUCUGUAAUGGUGCUGUGGAAACGCUUGUGAAAACAUCUCACCAAGUGUUGACCACAAGUUCGAGUGAAAAAUCGGGUUCUACUUGUUCAAUUGUCGAACAGGGUGAAGUGCUGAGUGCGACAAAAGAUGGGUUUCUCAAUCGAGAAGCAUGUAUGAAAGACGGAAACUUUUUUGAUGGGGUUCAGAGUGAUGGAUGGGUUGGAAAGGUUUCAUCUACUUUGUCAGUGCCAAGUAAUAGGAAAUUUGUGUUUGAUGUGACUGGGAGGGUGACGUUUGAAACGAUAAGGUGUAUUGUGGAAUUCAUGCUGUGGAAGAUGUCAGAUGGGGUGAAGAGAAGUCUCAAUGUGGUUCAGGAAGAGAUAGUAGACAGGGGACUCGAAGUAGUCAGAUAUGUUGGGGCUAAGUCCUCUGUUAUUGUUACUGUAUGCCUUGCCUUGUAUUUACAUGUUCUGGGUGGCACUAGGGUUCUCUUACCUGCUUAAACUGACAGGGCUCUUCCUUCCCUCAUGAAGUAGCUCUUCUUGUGGAAAUAGAGAGGUCUUGUAUGUAUAACUUUGUACCUCUUGGUUAAAAUGAUAUUAAAGUGAGCAUACUCAUUGUGAUGGUGGUUUUAGCCUCAA